AUGAAUGUAUUGCAGAUGGUUAAACAAAUGGACACUCUUUCACCAAGAAUCCAAGCCUUGCUAAAAGAAAGUAAUUGUUUCAGGUGUAAUGAAGACGCAAAUAAUGAAUCUGCAUUUUCUCGAGAUGCUUUGAAGGCCAGACUGACUGACCUGGAAUUCCGUGUAACACAAAAUAAAGAAACGGAAAAACCUUUUUCAGGGAAAUAUGUAAAUGAGAAAUCACCUGGAAUAUAUAGAUGUGUUGUUUGUAGUUCAAAACUGUUUAGCAGUGAAGCGAAAUUCUUCUGUAGUUGUGGCUGGCCUACAUUUAACAGUCCUAUAGAGUGUAACUCAUUGACCUCAUCCAUUGAUUUGUCAUCAGGUGAAGUCCGUGUAGAAGUUUCUUGCAAGGGAUGCAAUGCUCAUUUAGGACACGUGUUUGACGAUGGCCCGAAACCUACAGGUCUUCGUUAUUGCAUUAAUUCUUGUGCUCUAAUUCUUGAUUCUGAUAUUGGCAGCUCAUCUGGUUUAAAUUUGCCAACUGCUUGA